AAUGCUCCACCCACCCGGUGCGCUUCCAUAAGAAAAACGAGCGUUCCCGGUAGAGGAGCAGCUGUUUUGGUCUGUUUGAGCAGAAACUCUUAGUUUAACGCGCAGAAGAUUCUGUAUUUCUCCGUGAGAAGGGUCUGUCCUCACUGUUGUCUGCCUCACAGGAACAAUGAUGAACUGCUGUGGUCUGCUCACUGAAAAGAAGGAACCAGUUCCUCUGAAGAGCAUUGAUGCUCAGCUGGAGGUGAAGGACCAUGUAGCUACUCUGGUCUCCACUCUGACCUACGAGAACAAGGAGGACAAACCUCUAGAGGCUGUGUUUGUCUUCCCUCUGCCUGGAGAUGCUGCUGUGUGUCAUUUCAGUGCUCAGAUUGGAGAAACACACAUUGUAGCUGAGGUGAAGGAGAAACAGCAGGCUCAGGAGGAGUAUGAUGACGCUCUGAGCUCCGGUCAGCAGGCCUUCCUGUUGGAGGAGAGUGAGCAGAGUCCAGAUAUCUUCUCUCUGAAGGUGGGCAGGCUGCCUCCAGGAGAGAGCGCCUCCAUCAGGCUGGAGUACGUCACUGAGCUGGCUGUGCAGGCUGAUGAUGGGUUGAGGUUCUGUCUGCCUGCUGUGCUCAACCCUCGGUACCAACCCCAGGGUAGUGAAGGUCCCAGUGUCCAGGUGACCUCAGUACCAGCCUCUCUGGUGCCCUACAGUCUGUCCUUUUCCGCCCAAGUGUCCUCUCCUCGUCCAAUCUCUAAAAUAGAGUCCAGUUGCUCUCUGGAGCCUCUUCAGUAUCUCAACGCUGAUCAAACUCAGGCCACGGUUAAAUUGGGUGGAGGACACAAGUUUGACAGAGACAUUGAAUUACUGAUUUAUUACAAAGACGCCCACCAGCCCUCUGCUGUGGUGGAGGCAGGACAGGCCUCUGCCAAACCUGGCUCUCUGAUGGGUGACCCAGUGGUGAUGGUUAGUCUUUACCCUGAGUUCCCCCAAUCAGUGAUGUCCUCACUCACCGCCUGUGGAGAGUUUGUGUUCUUGGUGGACCGAUCAGGAAGUAUGGGCUGCCCCAUGAACAACAGCACACCGCAAGAAACUCGCAUUAGCAGUGCACGGGAUACUCUGCUGCUCCUGUUGAAGAGUUUACCAAUGGGCUGCUACUUCAACAUUUAUAGUUUUGGUUCCUCCUUUGAGCACAUCUUUCCUAAGAGCGUGGAGUACAGUGAGAAGACCAUGGAGGAGGCUCUGAAUAAGGUUGAAGAAAUGGGGGAUAAUCUUGGAGGAACAGAGAUUCUUCAGCCUCUUAAACACAUUUACAGCCAAGCCUGCAUUCCCAAACAUCCUCGACAGUUGUUUGUCUUCACUGACGGAGAGGUGGGGAACACCAAAGAAGUUACUGAUCUUGUUAAGAAGAAUGCAGACUCCCACAGGUGUUUCUCUUUUGGGAUUGGAGAAGGAGCCAGCACUGCUCUCAUCAACGGGAUGGCCAAAGAAGGCGGAGGUCAAGCUCAGUUCAUCACUGGGGCUGACAGGAUGCAACCAAAAGUGAUGCAGUCACUCAGGUUUGCACUGCAGCCAGCUGUGGAGGACAUUUCUGUCUCUUGGGAUUUACCAAAGGGAGUGUCCGCCACCGUUCUCUCUCCACCCAUUACAGCUAUUUUUCAGGGUCAAAGGUCACUGAUUUAUGCUCAGCUAACUCUACAGAGUUCAGAGGAAGCCGAUGGCACUGUGACAGUGAAGUACAGCCUGGCAGGUCAUCCCUCUCAGAGCCAGCUGCACUUCAAUCUCAAACCUGCAGAGGACUCUGGAUUAACAGUCCACAGACUGGCUGCUCGCACUAUGAUUCGCUCCCUGGAGUCGGAGGAGAGGACACAAAGUGAACAGAACGAUGAAGAAAUGAAGAAGAGGGUGGUGGAACUCAGUGUCCAAUCAGGAGUGAGCAGUUCUUUCACUGCCUUCAUAGCUGUUAACAAAGACAGCGGCGAGUCCGUUGAAGGACCUCUGGUGCGCAGAAAUAUCCCAACACCUUUCUUUCCAAUGGGCGUAAUGGCUGCAGCUUGUAGUGCUCCACCACGUCAUCUCAUGAAAUGUCUCGCAAGACCUCAACCAAAGGCUAUGGCGUGUAUGGCUCCAACAGCUUUGGCAUGUGCAGAUUCUCUUUAUAUUAGCGCCAUGCCAGAGCCAUGUUCAUUGUUAGAUAUGUCAGCACUGUCAGCUGCUGAACCACCACAGCCCCGUAAAGACCCUGUGCUGCAGCUGGUGUCCCUGCAGAAGGCGUCUGGCUGCUGGAUGCUUGAUGCAAAUCUGGCUGCUAUGCUGGGAAAGACCAGCGAGCAAGUGGAAAAGGCAAAGCCACCGUCGGUCAACAAUGAAGUGUGGGCCUCCAUUCUCGCCCUGAUUUGGCUUCAUGGUUUUAAGAUGGAUGUGAUGGAGGAGUGGGAGCUUCUGGCUAUGAAGGCUGCAUCAUGGAUUAAAGCUCAAAACGCUCCACAUGUGUCAGAGUGUGUUGAAGCUGGAAAUACACUGUUGGGUUGCGCCGUGAAGAAAGAAGCUCUGGGGAUCUGAGGUUUACUGACAGGCUUCAGCUCUACUAUGGAAGCACCUCAGUGUAGGAAGGAAAACACUGAAGUUGUUGAUGACCAAGAACAAGCUUAGGACUUUAUUUUCUCUUUGCAAAAUUUAACCAUGUAUCUGCCAGCAUGCCUUUAGAUAUUUGCACUCUAUGCAUAAAAAGAAGCCAUGGAGCAUGGCUUUAUGCUUAACUUUCAGCAUAUGGAUUUUAAUCAGUUUUACUGAAACAAUAUAUUCAUGUAAUAAAUGAGGAAUAAAUGCAUAAAAAUAAAAUAAAAAUGCCAUUAA